UAACAAAAUUGACACUUUUAAAGUAAAUAAUUCAGUGGUUUUUAGUAUAUUCACAGGGUUGUAGAACCAUCACUGCUACUUCUGGUACAUUUUCAUUACCUCAAAAAGGAACCCCCAUAGCCGUUAGCAGCCACUUCCCCUUCCCCACCUGCCAGCCCUUGGCAACAACUAUCUAGUUUACGACUCUAUGGAUUUGUCUGUUCUGGACAUUUCAUGUAAAUGGAAUCAUACAAUAUGUAACCUUUAGUGUCUAGUGUCUCUCUUAGCAUGGUGUUCUCAUGAUGUUGUAGCGUGUACUUCAUUCAUCUUUGUUGCCAGGCAAUAUUCCAUUGUAUGGAUAUACACAUUUUGUUUGUCUAUUCAUCAGUUGGUGGACAUUGGGUUGUUUCCACCCUGUGGCUAAUAAGAAUAAUGCUGCUGGGAACGUUUGUCUACAAGUAUGUGGGCAGAAGCUUUCAAAUAUUUUGGCUGUAUACAUAGGACUGUAAUUGCUGGUCACUCUAUGUUUAAAAUCUUAAGGAACUGCCAGACUGUUUUCCAACCAAAGUGACUGCACAAUUUUGCAUUGUCACCAACAUUGUACAACUCCUCAACAGCUUCAUUAACACUUGUUAUUAUCCAUCUUUUUUGUUAUAGCCAUCCUAGUGUCUGACCCCACCCCACUAUACCUUCUUUGGGCAUCCCCAGGAGGUAGCACAUCUCCCAGAGUUUUCCCUGUUCUGGGAAAACCAAAUGAGAAGUGACCUAGACAGGUUUGUAACAGGGCACAGCGCUUUACAGUUGUCCAGCUGCUUUCAGGCUUCCUGGGCCCUCUCCACAGAGUAGGGAGGGCACGGGGCCCAGGUUCUCACAGCGAGUCUGGCCUCUCCAGGACUGAUGCUCAGGAUAGCCCCUGCCCCUCACCUGGCUAACCUGAGGGUGCCCAGAGGGCAGGCGACCUCAGCCUCCACCUGGCCCAGCCCCCACCCCGGGCAGGGAAACUGAGGAUAGAGAGGGCACAGGAAGUGAAGGCAGCACCAUCUGCUCCCUUGGAGGGCCCGGGCCAGCCAUCCUAACAGUGGCGCCACAGUGGACACCAGCAGGGGCUCAGUGGACGUCCAGCAGGCAGGAAAGAGGGAUUCCACCUGGGACCCACGAGUGCUGUCCCUUUAGAGCCAGAGGCAGGGGAUACGCAGAUGUGGAAGGCCGGGUCCCAUGGCCCCAUGUGGGCCCCAGGCAUGUUCUACCCCCACUGGGGUUACAUGGCCCUAAGGACCAAGGAUUAGGUGGUGGAUGGGGCAGCAGCAACAGCACUGCUGAGUCCUUCCUGCAUGGAGGCCACAAGCACACAAUGGGGGCAUGCUGUCCUCUGGGAGGCUCCAGCACAGAGAGGGUAGCAGUGGGAGUGGGCCGGCCCCCAAGCAUCUCAGUCCUCCUGCCAGGCCCAUCCAACCUGCCUGCCCAGCAGCCUCAGGACUCCGCUCUGGAGAAUCAGAGGUGGCCAGCUGCAGGGUCCUUAGAGAAACUGAGACCCACAGAGGGGCAAGGCUUGCCCAGGGCCCCACAACAAGCCUUAUGCCCCCCGGCUAGUGGGGCCAGUCCACUGCCUGAACACAGAGCCCCGUGCCAUGCGAUGGCCCGUGCGAGGCCUGUUCCACAGUCACUGGGCUGGCCCUGCAUCCCUUCAUCUUGUGCCAGGAGGAACUACUUAUGGAUUCCAGCAUCUGUUUAUUCUUGCAGAAGCAUUUUUGAAAUAUUGAGAUAACCAAAGUCCACACAAGCCAUGCUUGCAUUUCCAAAAUCAUACUGCAGGCAUUUGGACUCUGCCCAAGAAGAAAAUGCCAGCAGCCCAGAGGCCAGCCCCCAUCGGUGCAGGGAAAGAUUCGGGGGACAGGCAGGCCCUGGCUUGGGGUUUUGAGGAGAGAGGCAGGACCCUGGGUGGUCUUGGGACAUCUUCCUGGGAGUGGGGAAUGACACAGACAUGGGAAGACAGUGGUUCCCUUGAUUCCAAGAGAAAGAGGGAAUAAGUAUGCCCAAGCUGCCCCUGGGUGGCUGUGGAUUUCGAGAGGUGGGGAAGAAGUCAGGAUUCACACCCCGAAUUCACUCCACCCUAAUGGCCUCAGCUCUCUUUCCCCUUUAAAAAUGGAAAAAAGCCUUGAUCUGCAAAGUCAGCCCUCCCCUGCAGGGGAUCCUCAUGCCCCCUGGCGGAGGGCCGAUGCUGGGCUUGCCCUCAGCCCUGGAGGAGGGCCAGCAGGGAGGGUGGCCAGCCCCGUGACGCAGCCCUUCUGCUGUGCACAUGGCUAGACUUGGUCUAAAACAGUGAAGUGCUUCCAUCCAGCUGGGAAAUUGUUACUGCUGGGUCAGCCCAAAGGAGUUAAAGCUGCACGGGGACUGCUCAGGGCCUGAGCGGGGCAUGGCAUCAGAACCCCACAAGGCCUUCCAUAACAAGUGUGGAAAACUCUUAGGUACCGUGUAUCUCCCUCUCCCCCACCCCCCACUUGGCCGCUCUGCUGAGCUUCUGGAGAAUUCUCAGGACAGCCAUAAGUGUCCAGGUAUCUUUCACUACAGGCCCCUCUGUUAGUCUCCCUGUGCCUGGAACGCACUGAGCUCCUAGCAGCCUCAGGGCCUUUGCACUACUGUGCCCCCCCCACAGGCAGGCCCUUCCUGGUGACUUUACGGGACGGCUCCCACCCAGCAGCGCAAUCCCCAUUCCAGGCUCACCUCCCCGGGAGGCCUCCUCUGACCACAGGCUCUAUGCCAUCGCCUUUCUCAUCACCAGCUGUGUUUUGUUCAUUUGUUUACUUGUUUACCAUUCCCCUACACACACCCUGAGAGCAAACUCUGAGAGCAGGGACUGUGUCUCUGAGAACUUGGCACAUAGUAAUGUUCAUUAACUUUUAAAAAAUGAAUAAGUGAAUAGUCUAGGAAUGCAAAUUAUUAGCCAAUUGUUGAAGAACCCACCAGUGAGGAGCUGCAGGAGGGAUGCAGAUCCAGGGCCCUGUGUGCCUCCUUCCUCCACACCCUCACCUGAAGCAGACAUCACCAAUCUAACACAGAAUGUUUGAUUCCAUGGAGCCCAGACGUGAGCUCCAAUCUUUACAGCAAGGCCCUCCAGGGAGCCACUUACUCUUCUUGAGAGGUGGUGGGAGGAAGACUAGGGUGUAAAGUGCAUGUCUUGAGUGGGCUGGCAGUCCAAGGGCAAGGCCCUUGAGGAUGCUCCAAGAGUCAGGAAGGCUUCCUGGAAGAGGUGACAGGGUGGGCCUGAAAGGCAUUGUGGGCAGAGGGGGAAGGAGAAGGACAGUUUGGAGGGUGGGUAAUAAUAUAAGCCUUGGAGGUAAGAAUCCAGUGGACACGUCCCCAAGACAAUAAAAACCAGCUUGUUUGAAGAGGAAGGUGCCUGUCAGGCUGGCUCAGAGGGCCCACUUGCCUGCCCCCAGCCAGCUCCUGCAGCAUGUCCCUGCCUCGCACCAAGCAGAGCCUUUUGGUCUGCCAUCUGGGGAGAGAAGCUAGCAGGAUGUAAGGAGAGGAGGAGAAUUGGUGAGCACUGCUGAGACCAUACGCCAGAACACAUUCCCAGUGGGUGCCCGGGGGUAGGGGACUCUUCCAGGUUCCUUAUGACAAAGAGUGACUGGAGGUGUCUGGAGGGUGCUGCACCCAUGCAGUUGUGCCGCUGCAUGGUGAUGCGCCAUGCAGCUGAUGCAGCCUUUCCUGACGCCCAACCAGUAGGGUCCCCAGACUUCUCUGACUGUCCAUGCCACCCCAACUGCCCUGGGUACCCUCCCAGCCUUGGUUGCACCCAGCUGGCGGGAGCAAGUCUCCCUUCUCCAGGAGCCUGUGAAGGACCUUGAGGGUGAGUUCCCUGGUGGGCUUGCUGGUCUAGCACUGCCUCCCGCCAGGCAUCCUCAAGAGGAGCACUGGAGCCUCAAGUCCUAGUUUUAGAAAAAGAACAUGCAUUGUGUAAUGCUGAUGACAGAGCCAUUUAUGCUCAUUGGAGAAAAUCUGGGAAACGCUCGACAAGGAUAAAUGAAGAGAAGAGGUCAGCAGGGCACAGACACUGAUUAACCUUUCAUUGUGUGUGUGCUUGUCUCUUGUAUAGGCACACGCGCAAGCACGUGCACAUGGAUGCACAGGCACGUGCAUGUUCGCACACAAUGCAUGCACACAUGUACGUGCACACAUGCAUGCUUGCACAGUACACAUGCCACUUGUGCGCUAAGCACACACAUGUGCAAAUACAUGCACACAGAGACACAUUCAUGUGUACAUGCACAAGGGCACACAUGUACACACCUACACACACAUGGGUGCACUGUGCUUUAAACCAGGCCUGCUGCCAAGGAGGGGCUGCUCUCCUGUGGGAACCCAUCUCUGUCAUCCAUUCCUCUCCUUUUUCUACCACUGACCUUGGCCUUCCCCCAACACACGUGCUAAUACUCUGUGUUAUGUUUAACAUUGUUUUUGCAAAUUUCACAGGUGAACAUUGAUGACUCGGGGCUUUUUGUUGCCAUGAAGCAGUUUGCUCCUUCUUGAUGGAUCUUUCCUGCUUCUUCAUGUGUGUGUGCCUCCUCCUCUUCCGGGGUUCUGAGCUGGAGGCUCUGCAGGGUGUGCAAGGACAUUCACACUUUGUCCUUGUCCCACUUUGUGUUCUCAAGGCAGUCCUCCGCUCAGGUGAUGGGGCGGGUGUUGAGAGUUUUGUGUGGGGAAGGGUCUUCCUCCGUCUUUCCUUUUAUGUCUCCUGCCUUUGCUGCCCCAGCGGACACUUUCCUCAGGCUCUUUAUGGGAGCCUGGUUACAUCAUAACCUACUUCAUGGGGGGGAAGUCACCUGCCCCGGCCCCUGCCUGCCUGGGCGGCCCAGCACCCUCCUCCCUGUCCUCCCACCUCCAGCUCCAUCCUCCAGCCCCCGCGGCUGCCCUGAGCCUCACUGGGUCCCGCUGCCCUGUGCCCCUGCCCUGUGCCCCGGCUGUCCUUUCUUUGAGUGGCUCCUCACUGUCCCCUCUGUGUGUUUGCACUGGCUGACUCUCUGUCCUGUGACCCCAUGUGGACCCUUAGCUGCAAUCUGAGUUCUGAUGCGGUCUCCCGGAGCAUCCACUCCCCACGCUCGCUGGGAGGCAGGAUCCCUGAGGACAGGGCCUUUUUAGCAAGUUCUGGGGAGGUUUGGUCAGGUGUGAGAGCCCCCGUCUGGAGAGCACCUCCCAGCCCAGCGUUCCGGCCUUUCCUCCCACUCCUGUGUCUGUGACAGCUCCAUGGUGCAGCUGAGUCCUGGAUGGGAGGGUGGCCAUGGACCCCUGGCCUGCAGAGCCAGCACAGAGCGGGCCCAGGACGUGACUUCAGGAAGAGCUUCAGGAGACACCUGUGUCCUCUUGGCCUCUAGGAGGUGGAAGCGGAUGGACGGAUUCACGGAAGCCUCAUGUGAACAGACAUUACGAAGCCUCUGUGGCACCUACCCCAUCUCCCAAAGGAGCACGUUUGUGCACAUGGAGAGUCUGAUUCUCAGAUGAUUGAGGAGAGAUGCACAUUUACCGUUCUGGCCGGUGGCUCUGUUCCAGGAGCACCUGGAAGCAAGGCUGCCUCCACCCCGGCUUCCUGCCUGGCAGGGGCCUCUUCCAGGGUGGCCCUGCCCCAGAGGCUGCACUUGUGUGGGGCAAACACGUGGGCAGGGCCAGUGCCACAGAACCACAGCUGGACCAGGAUGGGCAGCAGACAAAGCAGAUGGCCAGCCAACACAAGGGGCAUUAGAAGGGCCUUCCUCAGCCACUGCAGGGUGUCCUGGAGCGCUUGGGAGAAAGCAGCCCUGUGGUCAAACACCUCUGAGAAAUGCUCUGUCCAGUGCUCCCUACAGAAUGCAGCUGCCACAUGCGCAGGUUCCAGGCUGGUGGGCGGCUGGACUGAGAGCCAGCACGCUUUCUGCGAGCCAGUAUGCCCUGCUGGGGCAAGGGGUGCUUUUUUCUAAUUCUCACGAAGGCGCUGUAAGGACUAGAAGCAUUUCCAGUGCUGCUCGGAUCUACAUGACGCCGAGAAGCCCUGGGUGGAGAGCCCAGUGCUUACCCACGUUGAUCCCAGAACCCAGCUCUCCUGCAGCCCUGGGGACCAGAGUGCCCUUGGGGAGUGCUGGCCGCAGGUCACAAGAUUCCCAGGAGGCAGGCCAGCCCCUUGUUUGCACCACCUUGCUUUGCGGCCUCGUGUGGGCCCGAACUCUGCUCUGGGCCCAGUCUCCUCACCUGUGAGAUGUGUGGAGAUUGUGCUCAAACUGCAUUGGUUUAUGGGUUGGUGCAAACCCAGACAGCAGCUCCACCCUGGGGCACACUGCUCGGUGCUCCUUGUCAGGGUGACCGACGGGGAUGGGGCAGGUGUGAAAGAGAGUAGGCUGGAGGCACCUGGGGAGUGACACCCUGGGAUGAAGUGGAAGCACAGUGGUCUGGGGCAUCUGCACUCACCCUUCCUCUGGCCUUCAGAUGUUGACGGCCAGCUUCCCAGCUCCUGGAUGGCUGUGCACCUGGGAACAAGGGCCUCAGGGCCUCAGUCUCCCUCCCUGUACAAUGGAGAAAGGGGAGGUGCUAAUCCAGGUGGUCCCUCUCUCUACCCUCGCAGCUCCUGCCAUGUUGUCCCUGAUUCGGUUCACCAGACACCCCGCCUCUCUCCCAGCAGCCGGGACAAUUGUGUGCCUACACAUCCUGCAUACUUUCCUCAGCCCUUGCCACCCUCCUGGGGACACCUUACAGCCUCCUCUGCCUGCAUGAGAACCAGCAUCCACCCAAAUCGUAUUUGGUUGUCAACAUCAUUUUGUGAGAAAGAACGUCAUGAGUCCUAUUUUUGAGUGAGGGACUGAGGCUCACAGAAGCUGUGACCUGGCCAAAGGCCGUCUGCUAUGACAUCACAGUCCAGGCAGCUGGCCAUGAGUCCCAGGCACUUCCUACUUCACCACCAAACUCUCCUGGAGAGGAGAGGCCAGAGGACUGCUCAGCCCAAGGUCAUGGGCCUUCAGAGGGCCCAGCCUCAGGAUCUCUGUGCCCCAAGUCCUGGGACUCUGCAGGACUCAGAAUUCUCACCUCAGACCUGACCUCCAUGUGACACCCCAAGGUCAGCUUCCCUGAGGCAGAGCUUCCAAACCUGGAGGCUAUAUCCCCUUCACAAAGGGAAUGUUCUCUCAGGACGACCAGCGCUGAUUAUGGAACCAGGCCCCUCAAUGUCAGGGCGGCUUUUCAGCAGGGCCACACAUCUGUGUCAAAGGAACGGGAACUUUUAGGGUGCAGCCGGCAGGUGGGGCCUCGCUGCUCCAGUCUGGCGGGCAUCUGACUUUGGUGAGCAGCCAGCUUCCUCUGCAGCUUCUGCUGCUGGCACUCGCUGAGAGGCAUGUCUGGGCUUCCUUCAGGGGUUCCUCUCCCCACCUUUCCCCAGGAGUGUCCGCUGCUCUCAGAAGAUAAAUGCUGGUGGCUGGUCACACACAAAGAGGAGGAGGCAACCUCACACCAGAAGCUGGCCCGGGCCAGGGAGUGUCAUCCAAAGGGAAGCCUUGCUUCUGAGAAAUGUAUUUAUUUCUUUGUGAGCAGGAGCCUGAGUGUGGCCUCUCUGGGGCCUUUGGGUGGGGCCAUGCAAAGGGCUGGCGUGUGGCCUCAGAAGCCCUGGUGGUACCUGUUCACAGACCACCCUUGAUCGGAGUCCUGGUCCCCAGUGAGCUGGCCCACCCAUCCGUGGGUACCAGGGCAUCAGCCCCCGGGCCCCUGCAGGCCACCCUGCAGGUUGCUCCACCUCUUCCUGGUGGUCUCCUCUGCUUCACGCUCUGCCCACCUCUGCCAGCCAGGACUGAUGGGGACUCAGUGUAAAGGGGCAGCAGGACCCUGGGAGCAUGCCCAGAGAGGAGCACUGCUAGGAACUGACCUCUGUCCCUUCCCUGGUGGGACGGGACCCAGAGGUGCUCUCACCCAGGCCUGCCUCUUUCUCUUCCUCCCUCCACAGCCUGUGUUCCACUGAAGGCCUCAUCUGGCUGGAGGAAGGCCCCUCCUCCCUCGCCGCUGCAUUUUCUUCCUCUCGGGUGGCAGAAGCCAGGCCACAAGCACGGAGGGAGGGAUUGUUCUCCUGACACGCCCCCAGCUCCCUUUCCAAAGGGCAUGUUCUCUGAUAGUCCAGCACCUCCUGGCACCCUUUGUGGGAGCAGGGUCCCCGUUCUGAGCACCAGGAUUUCUAUGUCCUCCCAGCCUUGCCCACCAGGGCCACCCAGGCCCUUCCCCAGCCCCCAGGACCCUCUGGGUCUGGCCAGGCCCCCUGGGGAAUUGUGCCAUCUGGAUGCAGACGCAGGACAUCUGUAGAGUAGACAGAGAGGGUGAGUGGGAACCUGGCUGAGUGAAGGGUGGGUGUUUAGGGGCCUCUGGUCCGCGGGGGUGUUUCAGUGGUCAAGGGCUCUACAGGCCCUUCCAGGUAAGCAUCCUGUUUUCCCAAGGUGGGUUCUGAGGCACAGAGGUGAAGUGGCGCCUGGCGACCCAGCACCGUGCCCGAGGAAGCCCUGUCUAUGACCUGGGAGUGUGGGCUGCGUCCAGCCUGGAGGGAGGGCUGCUCCUUGCCAGGCCCUGCCACGUGUGUCUUUGGGGAAGGGCUGAAUUCUCUGCCCAGCUCAGUAGGACAUGGUGCUCUGUGCUGUGAGCUCCUGCAAUCUGGCGGCUCACAGGCACACCUCUCUCUCAUUAGCCCCAUCGCUUUGCCUGCCCCUGCUGUUGGGGCCUCACCUAGCCCACCCUGCCCCUCAGUCCUCCAGCCACGCACUAGUCCCUGUGCAUGGCAGGGUGGGGUGGGCAUGGAGAGGGCUGGGCCAAGGGGAAGGGAGCCGUGCUGCGGGUACUGUGACAACACUGUGGUCAGCUAAGGUCCCUUCUCCACCUGCUUGGCUCCCAGUCUGUUGACAGGAGAGUGGUGACAGGGCCUGGGUGCAGGCAGCGGUACCGUCCUGAGCAGCCUGUCCAGUUAGUUACAGUUAGUUACACGCCCAGUUGUAUGUGUGUGACUAAUUACACAUGGGGCAGGCGGCUGUCCGCUGAUCUGUGAUGGGUCAGCACAAAGGGGAGGGCCACAGUCAAAGGCAAGCGGUGGCUGUGGGGAGGGGCCCAUUGAGGUUUCUGACCCACUGGGGCCUAUAUAUUUAGGCAGAGCAGUAACCUCUGUGCUAUGAGGGACCAUCAGGAGGGUCAGCUGUCCCCUCCCCUUUUGCCCCUUCCACCUGUUGCUCUGGUGGUGCCUAAAACCAGUAGUGAUUCGUUUGCUUAGAAUAUUAUCCUCCAAAAGAGAGUAUUCAUGGGACAGUGGUAGGGAAAUGCAGAGGCCUGGAUGAGUCCCCCAGUGGAUAUCAAGUCGUGCCCAACUGGUCCAGGUCCCUUGGGGACAGUGUCAGCAGCUGAGAGAAUCAGCUCCCUGCCCCUCCCGGGUGUCGGGCACACCGGCCAUGAAACUCAUGGUGUGAUUGGGUGUGAGCGCCACAGGGUGACCAGUGACCCCUCCAAGAGUGCUGACCGGCACUCAGGCCACACAGUGUCCCAUGGGUUCUUGUUAAGCGUUCUUAGCAAGGGCCUCCAGUAGACCGUCGCUGAGAGCAUGUGGCCGGGCCGUCUCCCAGGGCAGCAGAUAGCCUCUGGACAGCUCAAGCCCUCGGAACUAAACACUGGAGGCAUUUCUAGAGCUCACCAAGCACUUGAUUCAUUUUGCUUUGUGUUUGGCCAGCCACCCUGUGAGUUGAAUGUCGUGAACCCUACUUCCUACUCGGGAAAUAACUCAGAGAGGUGCACGCCUCACCCAUCACACUCGGGUGGGAGCCAAAGCUCUGCCUGCAUGGCUGCCCUGGUGAUGGUGCAGCUGGUGGGGGGCGGGGUGGCCUCAACUGGGCAGUGUGGAGCGAGAGUCAGUGCAGGAAGCAGAGCCCAACUGUCAUCUGCUCCGUCACUCUCGGUGCCCACUCCUGUGUGGUCCCACGGGUGCCAUACAGACUUUCACCUGUGCCUGCUGGCAGCCUGGCCUCCCCCACCCAGGAACCCUAGCUUCUGAGGUCUUGGCCUCUGCAGGAUCUUUGUCGUGAUCCUUGUCAACAACCCCUGUGGGGCACUUGGUUUCUGUGUCCUGUUCUGCAAGGUCAGUCACCCCACCUUAGGCCACCUCCCAUCUUCCAAAACCAAAACCUUGCAGGCUGUACCUUUUUAAAGGAGGGAGCAGGCGUUUUCACCAGAGGGGCCUUUGGUCUUGGGGGAAUGAGGAGAGGGAGGCCGAGACCCCCAGUGUCCCUAGAAAGCUCCUUCCCCCAAGCCAGCUUCUCUGAGGUGUGGCCCACAGUGGACUUGGAAGGGCCCUGGGGCUCGGACAGCUUUGCCCGCUUUGCCUAGGAUGUUGUUUCUUAUUUUUUUCUUUCUCAAUUUUUUUUUUAACAUAAAUUGUUUUGAAGUGUAAUGUACAUACAGAAAAGUGCAUGAGUCCUAAGUGUUGCAGCUCAGUGAGUUUUCAUGGGGUGAAUACAUGGGUCUCGGGCACCCCGCCCCUGCAGCGGCCCCUGCAGAGCUGGUUGUGCAUGGGAUCCUGAGUAGAUGUUCUUUUGUGCCUGGUUUCUUUUUGCUCCACGUGAUGGUGGUGAGACUGGUCCUUGUGGGUGGUCAUCUGCACCCAUUUCCAUUGCCUUGGGGUGCCCCCCUGAGUGAAUACACCACAGCUUGCUGUGGAGGGCGACUGAGGGGCUUCUGUUUGGAGCCAUAGUGAGUAGUGCUGCUGUAAACACUCCUGGGUGUGUCUUUUGGUGUGAGUAUGUAAGCAUUUCUGGCACCCAGGGAGGAAUUUCUAGGCCUGCAUAUGCUCGGCUUUCAUAGGGACUAUCUUCCCACGUGGCUUUACGGGUUCACACUCCCACCACCAGCCGCUAGGAGUUUCCAUUGCGCCACGUCUUGCCAGCACGUGGCAUUUUCUGCCUUUUCAUUUUAGCCAUUCCGGUGGGUGUACGGCAGUGUCACACUGUGGUUUAAUUUCCCUUCCCCGAUGACUAAUGAAACUCAAUGCUUUUUUGUAUGUUUAUCACCUUUUCGGAUAUCCUUUUUUGUGAAGUACCUCUUCAUGUCUUUUGUCCAUUUUUAAAAAAAUUGAGUCUUCUGACUUUUUAAAAUCUGUAUGAGUUCUUUAUAUAUUAAUUUGUUUGAGUCCUGUGCUGGAUAUACACAUCUGUCUCUCUAUCUGCUCAUGUGUACAGAGACACACAGACACACACACACACUUAUUCAAUCGGUGUUGAGAGCCCCCAUGUGCCAACAUGUCACAGUCACUGCGGCACAGCCGUGAACAGAACAAAGGCCCUGUCCUCAUGGGGCUUGGAUCCUCCCCAGAGAAGACCAAUAAAUAAGGAAGUAGAAAGACUGUCAGACUGCGGUAACUGUGCAGAGAAAUGUUCAGUGGGAGAGGAAGUGCGGGAGCGGAGGGUAACACUGUAAAUAUGUCACGGAGAAGGUGACAUGUCAGUAAAGAUUUAAGGGGGAGAGCCACUAGAUGCCUGGGGAGCAUGGCACGCAGAAGGAGGGCGGCAGGGUCUGCUAGGGGGCUGGCGCAGAGCAAACGAGGGGUGAGUGGGGUGGGAGGUUUCAAAUGGGGUCAGGUCAGCAGAGCCUGGGGGGCCACUAGAAUCUGGCUUUCAUUCCACUGGGGGUUCUGGACAAAGGAGGGACAGGACCUGACUCCGGUUUUAAUAGGGCCCCUUGGGCUGCCAUGCUGAGGCAGAAAUGGUGGAAGCAGGGAGACUAAUUAGGAGCCUGUGGCAGUAGGUCCAGCCUCUUGUCCCAGUUUCCCAUCUGUCCCAGGUGUCUGCACUCUGAGGACGUCCAGAAUCACUGUCGUCCCAGAAUCAGGCAUCCCUGCUCUUUGCUCUGCCAUCUUCCGAGCGUCCUCUAAUGGCUGUGGGAUAGAUGCAGUGUUCCUGGCCUCACAUCCAGCCCCCAUCAUCUGGGGUGUCUCUUCCUAUGUGCCUUGUCUUUCCAGAAGGUCCCAGCGGAUGUCCACUGGCCACACCACACCUGGCUUGUUCUCCACUUCCCUAAAGCUGACUCUGGCAAGGAAACUAUGCCCCAGACAUCCGUCGUCUUCUCCAGCAUCCUCGGGCCCAGCUGUAGCGGACAGGGGCAGCCCAGCAUGGGGGAGCGAGGAGGCGGGGCCAGCGGCUCCGGGGACCUCAUCUUUCAAGAUGGUCGCCUCAUCUCCGGGUCGCUGGAGGCCUUGAUGGAGCACCUGGUCCCCACGGUGGACUAUUACCCUGAUAGGACAUACAUCUUUACGUUUCUCUUGAGCUCCCGGGUCUUCAUCCCCCCUCAUGACCUGCUGGCCCGCGUAGGGCAGAUCUGCCUGGAGCAGAGGCAGCAGCUGGAGGCCGUGUCGGAGAAGGCCAAGCUGAAGUCUUUCUCAGCCAAGAUCGUGCAGCUGCUAAAGGAGUGGACAGAGGCCUUCCCCUAUGACUUCCAGGAUGAGAAGGCCAUGGUGGAACUGAAGGCCAUCACCCACCGGGUCACGCAGUGUGACGAGGAGAAUGGCACAGUGAAGAAGGCCAUCGCCCAAAUGACGCAGAGCCUGCUGCUGUCGCUGGCUGCCCGAAGCCAGCUUCAGGAGCUGCGGGAGAAGCUCCGCUCACCGGCCAUGGACAAAGGGCCUAUCCUCAAGGCCAAGCCGCCAGCUGCUCAGAAGGACAUCCUGGGCGUGUGCUGUGACCCCUUGGUGCUGGCCCAGCAGCUGACUCAUAUUGAACUGGAGAGGGUCAGCAGCAUUCACCCUGAGGACCUGAUGCAGAUUGUCAGCCACAUGGACUCUCGGGACAAGCACAGGUGCCGAGGGGACCUGACCAAGACCUACAGCCUGGAGGCCUAUGACAACUGGUUCAACUGCCUCAGCAUGCUAGUGGCCACCGAGGUGUGUCGGGUGGUGAAGAAGAAGCACCGGACCCGCAUGCUGGAGUUCUUCAUUGACGUGGCCCGGGAGUGUUUCAACAUCGGGAACUUCAACUCCAUGAUGGCCAUCAUCUCUGGCAUGAACCUCAGUCCUGUGGCGAGGCUGAAGAAAACGUGGUCCAAAGUCAAGACUGCCAAGUUUGAUGUCUUGGAGCAUCAUAUGGACCCAUCCAGCAACUUCUGCAACUACCGCACAGCCCUGCAGGGGGCCACGCAGAGGUCCCAGAUGGCCAACAGCAGCCGAGAGAAGAUUGUCAUCCCUGUGUUCAACCUUUUCGUUAAGGACAUCUAUUUCCUGCACAAAAUCCACACCAACCACCUGCCCAAUGGGCACAUCAACUUCAAGAAAUUUUGGGAGAUCUCCAGACAGAUCCACGAGUUCAUGACAUGGACACAAGUAGAGUGUCCCUUCGAGAAGGACAAGAAGAUUCAGAGUUACCUGCUCACGGCACCCAUCUACAGCGAGGAAGCUCUCUUCAUCGCCUCCUUUGAAAGUGAAGGUCCUGAGAACCACAUGGAAAAGGACAGCUGGAAGACCCUCAGGAGACCUUAUUUGGUGCCUACCCAGCAUCCACUCCCUGGCCACUUCCUGACUGUACAGUUUUGCUCUGGUAAGUACCUGGCCCCUGGCAGCCCAUGAGCUUCAGGGAAGCUCCUUCUACCUGUAGCUUCAGACUGGGCCAUGAGUAUUCUAUACCUCACUUACUGUAGGAGUUGAUUCACUAACAGGCAUUAGACAAAAUUCAGACCAACAUGUUAAAAGGGGAGAGUUGUUGGGAACUUUGGAAAACAAAGCCCCCUCAUUCUUCUGAGAGAGCUACUAGAAAAGACACUUGCUCGUUUUGGAUGGAGUAGGGCAGGAGUAAGUAAACUACAGCCUCCAGGCUAAAUCUGGCCUGCUGCCUGUUUUUGUAAAUAAUUUUAGCGGAACACAGUGACACUCAUUUGUUUACAAAUUGUCUGUGGGUGCUUUCAUGGUACAAUGGUAGAGGGGAGUAGUUGUAACAGCAACUGGAUGGCCUGCAAAGCCUAAAAUAUUUUCUGUGUGGCUCUUUACAGAAUAAGUUUGCCAAACCCUGGUGUAGGGUGUAGAUGUGAAGCUGGGAAGUGCUGCAGUCCUUUUCUACGACAAGGGAAAAAAGCCCCCUGGUACAUAGUUGUACAUUCUUCCUUGUGGGUCCUUCUAGUUGUGGCAUGUGGGACGCUGCCUCAGCG